UCACCAACUUGUCAUCUGUAUCUUCACAGGAGAAUCUGUGUCAGUAAUCAAGCAUACAGACCCUGUCCCUGACCCUCGAGCUGUGAACCAGGACAAGAAGAACAUGCUCUUCUCUGGUACCAACAUUGCAGCAGGCAAAGCAGUGGGCGUAGUGGUCGCCACGGGCGUGAACACAGAGAUUGGCAAAAUCCGUGAUGAGAUGGCAUCCACAGAGCAGGAGCGCACGCCGCUGCAGCAGAAACUGGAUGAGUUCGGCCAGCAGCUGUCUAAGGUCAUUUCGCUCAUCUGCAUCGCUGUGUGGAUCAUCAACAUCGGACACUUCAACGAUCCCGUUCACGGUGGCUCGUGGAUCCGUGGGGCUGUGUACUACUUCAAGAUCGCGGUCGCAUUGGCUGUGGCUGCCAUCCCCGAAGGCCUGCCCGCCGUCAUCACCACCUGCCUGGCUCUGGGCACCCGUCGCAUGGCUAAGAAGAACGCCAUCGUACGCUCUCUGCCCUCAGUGGAGACCCUUGGGUGCACCUCCGUCAUCUGCUCGGACAAGACCGGCACCCUGACCACCAACCAGAUGUCCGUUUGCAGGAUGUUCAUUGUUGAUCAGGCAAAUGGAAACAGCUGCUCUCUCAAAGAGUUCACCAUUACUGGCUCCACAUACGCCCCUGAUGGACAAGUGUGA